CGCAAAUGGUUGUAUCAUUCCUGCGACUAAGGAUGAUGCUGAUUAUAUCGACUUGGUUGCUUUGCAAAUACGUGCAUGGGAGGUCUUGGCUAACAAUCAAACAUUUGUGCCGGGUGCCUAUGCCCGUCAUCCCUAUUUGAAAUUUGCCGUGGAAUGGGCUGCUGAGGAAAUGAGGAAGCUACGCUCUCUUCUGGCUGCUAAGGGUGACACGACACAUGUUGAAGACACCCCGAAGGCCACGGCGCACGCUGUUUCGGACUCCUCCCCGGCCAAUCGUGCUAUUGAGCUUUAUGGAGAGAUUCAUUUCUACCCAGUUGAUGAGCAAGGUUUUAUUAUCCCGGUCACUAAAAAUGACGAGGAUUAUCAUCCGAUGAAGGUCUUGAAGAAGCGUGCUUUGGAUCUUGUUUGUAAAGAUCGAAACGCUGAUUUCAAGAAGGAGAUGACGGCGGCGAGCGGAGUUGAGGUUCCGGCGAAGAGGCAGAGAGAGGACGAACCGAACGGAGGCUCUGUCCCUGUCGAGAUGGAGGCUUCCAACAACUCCACCAUCUGCGGCGGCGGCGCAGAGGAGCUGCCGUGUUUCUCCUCCGUAAUCCCCGGCUGGUUCUCUGAGAUUAGCCCUAUGUGGCCCGGAGAGGCGCACUCUUUAAAGGUUGAAAGUAUACUGUUCAAGGGGAAGUCAGAUUUCCAGGAUGUCUUGGUGUUUCAGUCUUCUACUUAUGGUAAAGUGCUUGUUUUGGAUGGUCUGAUUCAACUCACGGAGAGAGAUGAAUGUGCAUAUCAAGAAAUGAUCGCUCAUCUCCCACUUUUUCAGAACCCGAAGAAGGUACUGGUUAUCGGGGGAGGAGAUGGUGGUGUCUUGCGUGAAGUUUCUCGCCAUUCUUCUGUUGAGCAGAUAGACAUAUGUGAGAUUGAUAAGAUGGUAGUCGAUGUUUCCAAACAAUUUUUCCCUGAUGUAGCUGUUGGAUAUGAGGAUCCACGGGUAAACCUCCAUAUUGGCGAUGGAGUUGAAUUCUUGAGGAACGCAGCUGAAGGAACUUAUGAUGCCAUUAUAGUGGAUUCUUCUGACCCCAUAGGCCCUGCAAAAGAGCUGUUUGAAAAGCCUUUCUUUCAAUUGGUGGCAAGGGCUCUUCGUCUAGGAGGAGUUGUAUGUACACAAGCUGAGAGUAUAUGGCUUCACAUGCACAUAAUUGAAGAUAUUGUGACAAACUGCCGCCAAAUUUUCAAAGGCUCUGUCAACUAUGCGUGGACUACCGUUCCUACGUAUCCAAGUGGGGUUAUGGGUUUCAUGCUUUGUUCUACCGAGGGCCCAACGGUUGAUUUCAAGCACCCAAUCAACCCAAUAGAUCAUCUAAAUGGCGCCGAGGCAAAAGUGCCUCUCAAAUUCUACAACUCCGAGAUUCAUUCUGCCGCUUUCUGUUUGCCAUCAUUUGCAAAGAAGGUGAUUGAAUCGAAGGCGAAAUGAAUGUGCAAUGGAGUUCUUGGGGCUUUUUUUAUGUUCUUGCCUACAUACUAUAAGCACUCUCAUUUAUUGAAUAUUUGUACACUUUUUUGUUUUAUGGAUUUAGGGGUGGGUUAUUUUCUCAUUUGUUAAAAAAAACCCUAAACCCUA